AUGGGAGGAGAGGAAGUUGCUUCACAGCGCCUUGCUUGUCCACAGCUCGAGGCCUCCCCCGCGAGGGCCUUGCCUGCUGCGCGCCCCUGCUGCGCAGGCAGGCGGGGCGCAGACCGCUUGCGGCCCCGGCCUGGCGCAGAGCCGGGCCCGCGCGGAGAGCGCGCCUCCUGCCCGGGCGCGCGGUCGGGGGGCGUUUUCGUGCCUUCGGCCGCAGGGGCGGGCCAAAGUUUCGAGGCCAGCUGGUCAGAGGAGCUGGAGCGCCUGGGGGGGAGCUGCCUGUGUGCAGCCCGAGGCCCUGCCGCCACCGGCGAGGAUACUCUGCAGUUGCUCGUCGCGGCGGGCCAAAUUCAGAGGAGGAGAAGGUGUGCCACAUUUUUCUGCCCGGUGGUGCCGCGCCGGCUCUUUGGCAGCCGCGCGCGUGCCCCCACUUCGGGCGGCAGCGCCGGGCGACAGGUUGCCGGGCCCCUCAACCUCGGGCGGACCUGCACGAGCAAGCGCCGCGUCUCUGCCCCGCGAACUUCGCUCCCCUGUCGGUAA